GGAAGCGGAAAUUGUCUUUCCCUUCACAAAGACUCAUUGAGCUAGCGCUGUCACCAACGUUCACCAUGCUGAAAUAAUUUUACAGCCAAAACUAGUUUUUUUGUACACAGUUGAAAAUGCAGAGUCAUUGUGCUGUGCGAAAUUGUUCCGGUGGCGUAUCGGACUCGCAACCACUCUUCAGGUUCCCGCUUGAUCCUGAAAGGUAACUUCUGCUAAUACCGAUGCUAACGGAGACAAGCACCUCUGAAGUUUAUCAUGGACGCUGGUUGUAAGGUGUCGACUUAAAGGCAUCUGUUUGAACACUGUGUACAUUUUGUUGAUAUACGUGUUGAAUAAGGGUAAUUUCAGCAGCCUUUAGUGUUUUUUUUCUUCUGAAACCCCGUUUACAUUAGUAAGUAGCACUGCAACUGUCAACAUGCAGACUCCAUUCAGAUCCACGUGCUUCUCUGUUUACACAACCGACACUUUACUACAUGCAGGUGGUUGUUAUUUAAUUUGACAAAGCCAAUGUUAUAAAUAACUUUUUUUGUUUGUUUUAAUUAGAAGAAUUCUAGUACUAGCCAUACACUGUAUUUGCUAGAGGUGCAGUUGUUGUUGACAAGGUUACAGAGGUGAUUAAUGUUCGCCAUAGUAAUUGUUGAAGUUGUAGUGGGUGUUAGUGGCGCAUUAGGGUGCAUUAUGUUGAAAGAUCGUCUUAAUGUUUUGCUCCACUCAUGUUUGUCAGUGAAAUGAACAAAAUAUGAGAACACUUUGUAAAUAAAACUCUCUCCAGUAUGACACCUGCAUCUAUUUCAAUAAUAGAUAUAAAGAGCAUAAUUACCUGUUGCAGAUUUUUGAAUCUUCCUCAAAGUUGAGUUUCUGGUGGACUGGGUUGUCUUUAACUGCUUAGGUGUUCAGAAUAGUGUGACUGACUAAUGUAUAUUGGUCUCUUAGUAAGUAUUCAGUGAAGUUUCAGUGGUAUCAGACUAAUUAUCUAAUAUUUGUUCUUGAAUUCAGUGAUGGCACCAAACCCAAACUGAACUAAAAAUAAGCCAAAAUUUCAAUGAAGAUGAGAUGUGUUUUAAUUUUGGAUGAAUUUUUCCCUUCAGGUCUAAGAAGUGGGUCGAAAUAUGCCAGAGGGAGGAACUCACAGAGAAAUCACCCGACCAGUUGUUCAGAUACCACAGACUCUGUGGGAAACAUUUUGAGGCAUCUAUGAUUGAAAAAGUGAGAAACAUCUUUAAGAUCCAAUGACUAACUUUUAAACUGCAAGGCCCCAGACUUUUGAUACUGCUGCCAAUCAUUGAGUCAAAUAUUGUUUUAGCAAUUAUUUAUUAAAUCUUUUCUUUUUAGUUUUCAUUAGAUCUGUUAAUGAUUAAAUACAGGUUGCAUUUCUUUGUGAAGGCUUUAAGAACGUGGUUCGAUCAUCUUUUGUUGGCUUGUCUUUAUCUCUAGGAUGAACAGAGAGCAGUGUUGAAGGGUGACGCCAUACCAACAGUCUUUGAUGCAUCAAGCCAACCCAAAAAUGGACAAGGGAAGCGCGCCAAAGUGACGGUGGGUUAGAUGAAUAUUAAAAGUAUGUAUUUGUGAAAAAGAGGAUCAACAAUAAGUGUCUGAAUUUUGUUAAUUUUAAAAAUUUCUUUAGACCAAAGAAGAUGAAACAAUGAGCAAGGGGAGAAAAAGUAAGUGGAAAAAUCAACACCCAGUUGACUUUGUGAUAAAACAAAUGAUUCUACUUGUGUCAAAGGAAAGUUGUUUGAAUUUCGACUUCAGUCUGACUUUUGUUUUUAUUUCCCUGUUUAGAAGUGAAGAAGGCAGAGGCAGCAAAGGAAGAAGUGCAGACGGUCCCAGAGGAGGACGGGCACAAAGAGUAUCUGAAGUCUUUAUUUGAAGUCCUUGUGCUGCUUGGAGAGCAGAGCAUUCCUCCCACAGGGCCGGGUGAUAACAAAGAUGAAGGUUUGAGCAACUUUCAGGCUCUGUUAGAGUACCGUAUGAACUGUGGAGAUGAAGCGCUGAAGAAGAGAUAUGAUGAGAAUAAAGAGUGCUGCUCCUCGAGUCAGCUUAGUCAGCUGAUCGAGGUGUGUGAGAAAUACAUCCACAGUGAGCUGGUGAAGGAAGUCAAACUGAACAGCUUUUUCUCAUUGCUUACUGAUAAUCCCUUGAAGCUUUCAGGAGAAUGGUUCCUCCCUGUCUUCCUCCGGUAUGUGGACCAGUCCAACCAUCAGAAGGAGAGGUUUGCUGGUUUCUUGCCAUUUGAAGGAGAUGGAGAUGCAUUGGCAGAAAGACUGCUCUCUGAAAUUAUGGAAAAAUGGGGCUUGGAUAUGGAGCAAUGUCGAGGGCAAGCCCACUACUGCUCUGGGACACAUUUUAAUAAAAUUCAAAGCUUUGCUGCGAAACUGAUGGAGAAAUAUCCAAUGGCAGUGCUUACUCUAAGAUCCACCUGUACUUUGAAUGUGGCAUUGGCUAGUAGCAUGGCUUUGUCAGGGGUUCAGCUUGUCAUGUCCACUUUAAAGAAGAUUGACUCUUUCUUCAGCCAGUCCCCUCUACUGCAGCUGGAGCUGGAGCAUGCCAUCUCCAUUUUCUAUCCAGACAAAGAGGAGAAAGCCAAGGAGCUGAAAGAGAUCUGUAAAACCAGUUGGACCAAACGAAAUGAUGCAUUUGAGUUGGCAGUGGAAGUUCUUGAGGCAUUGCUUCUCUGCGUAGACAGCGUGCAAGACAAUGAAGACAUGAGAUGGAGCGACCAAGUCACUGAAGACGCCUUGGAGAUUUCAAAAGCAUUAACAGACUUUGAGUUUAUCAUGGCGCUGAUGGUGCUGAAAAAUGUUCUUACACUGACUCGAGCAUUUGGGAACAAUGUGCAAGGGAAAGCAGCAGAAGUGCAUUUUGCAGCGACCAGUUUAAAAGCUGUACACCACUCCUUAAAAGAAGUGUUAGAUAACAUUGAUGUGUACCACGAGUUUUGGAACGACGAGGCUGUGAACCUCGCUGCUGCGAUGGAGAUCCCAGUCAAGAUUCCCCGCUUGUUCUUAAGGAAGCAGCAGUUAGAGCCUGGAGCCAUCCGCCCAGAAAGUUACUACAAAGAGCACCUGUCUAUUCCUGUGGUGAACCACAUCAUCAAAGAGUUGAAUAACUUCUUCAGUGAGGAUCACUUGAAGGCUCUGAGGUGUCUGUCUCUGGUCCCUGCAGUCAUUGAGCAGCACAAAUCUAAUGAGCCUGAAGAAGAGUGUGUGCAGGUGUUUAAGAAUGACAUCCCUAAUGCAGGAUCCCUUUCUGCAGAGCUGCACUGCUGGUGUGUAAAAUGGAGCAAAAAGGGCAAAGGGGAGACUGUGCCCACGAGUGUCCAUGAGGCAUUGCAGCUGGCCGACGUGAAGUUCUUCCCAAACAUGCUGGCAGUUAUGAGGCUGAUCGGUGUCCUGCCUACUUUGGCCGUGGAGGAUGACAGUGACGUGGCGUUCAAACGCUUUCAGAUGUACGUGGAGAACACGCCUGACAGGUUCAAAUCAAAGAGUCUGGCUCUUCUGAACAUGAACUAUGACAUUGGGUUUGAUCUGAAUGCGAUGGUGGAGCUCUACAUGGAGACAUAUCCCAAGAAGGAUGAUAACUCAGAGUAAAAUAUGAUGUGACAGUGUAAAGUUUGGACAAAUGACCAUAGGGUAGACUUCUCCGACUUUUUGUGUUACAGGUAUUCUCUUGGGUUCAAUCGCCUUCAGUCCCUCAUUCCAGCUUGAUGAGUGCACUUUUUUGCUCUUUUCCUGAAACAUGUCUGGGUUUUUUUUUAAUCAAAGACUUGGCAAAAUUCAAAAAAUUUACAUGCUCAGAAGCUGUUGUCUUUGAGACAAACUGAACCAUGUUGAAUGAAUGUUUUUCCAAACCAGAGUGCAUUUUCAUUCAACAUCAGCUGGCAUGUAAGUCAGUAAACCUUUAUGAAUAUAUGAGGCAGUAGUAAAAUACAUUUUUCAGUUUUAGGUUCUUUGAGUUUUUUCAGGUACAUAAUGAGUCAUAGAUUCAGACAAAGCAGUUUGAAGUCUCACUGUUCUUCCUGUGAGCGAGAAGCACAAAGUCUGUGCUAAUCCCUUCAAAGUGAAUCUGCUACUGUCUAUUUUCCAUUUUGGAUGUUAUGUCUGUAUAAAUUCUAGUGAUUCAACAGUCUCUGAGACUCAAACUUCCUGUAGUUAGUUUAAAUUGUGUUUGUUUGAUGUGAUUAAGACUGAAUCUACUCAGCCUGCCUCCACUUUACGCAGCAGCGUCACAGUGGUAAAACACUGUUGUGCCCUCCAUUGUAAUAUGUUCAAAAUGCCUUUUUUUCAUUGUGUCGUGAGUGGUUUACCUUAAAUUAAAAACAUCUGUCUCAUGAAUCACUCGAACCCUUCAGUCAGUGUAUGAGGAAGGAGUUAGGGACUUUUACUUACAGUUAGAUAUGACAAAAUAAACAAAUUACACAGUAAUUAGAGCCAAUAACAUACUGAUAGUGAAGCAUACUGAUGUACUUUAUGUUUAAGUCUCAUUCAUUCAUUGCAUUAUUUCUUUUUGUAUGAUUAAGCCAGAAUAAACAUUUUCAAACAACUUG